AUGGCGCGAACGAAGAGCAAGAAGGACAAUCGUCAGAAUGGAGUGAAAGCAAAGGCUUCUGCGCCAGCCAAGAAGUCAGCACCGGUGCAGGACGAUUCGGCCAGCGACAUGUCAGACCUCGAGCAAUACGACGCCCCAGCUGGACAGGACGAUAUGGACAUUAGCGAAGAUGACAAGGACGCUGCCGAAGAAGAGUUGGAGAGGGCCGUGUUCGGCGACAGCAUGGGAUUCAGAGCUGGACUUGCUGGAUUCGAGACUGGUCUGGACGAUGAAGACUCUGCCGACGAGGGUGCUGCUGCUUCUGGCGACGAACAAGCAUACGAUGGUCUUGCUGAUGCCGACUUGUUCUUCACUGAUGUUGGCGCAUCGACUGAUCUGAAGCCUGCCCCAGCUACUGAAGAGGAGGAAGAGGAUGAGGGAGCAGCGUGGCAAGACAGCGACGACGAGAGGAUGGUUGUGUCGCUGGCUUCGGUACCACGACUGCGCAAACUGAGGAGGACAGAGGCUGAGGAUGUCAUUUCUGGCAAAGACUACGUCCGCCGUCUGCGCAAACAGUACGCCAAUUCUUCUCGGAAUCGCAUAAACAGCUUAGCUAACAUUGUCACAGCNUACGAAAUGCUCAACCCCGUACCCGAUUGGGCCGUCGAAGCCGCCCAGAAAGGACCUAGAAAGAAGCGCAGACUCAGCUAUGACGAUCUUGAUGCCGAAUCGGACGAGGAUAUGGACAUGGACGACGAAGAAGGAGAUGACGAAAUCUCGGCCGAACCGCUCAGCAAGCUGCUACAAGGGGGAGGCCUUGUACGACGAACAGAAAACAAGAAGCGCAAGUUGCGACCCGAGGUUAUCGACAUCCAACGCACAAAGGACAUUGGCACCACCCAGCCCUCGGCCAUCACCUCUCUGCAGUACCACCCCGAGCUUCCUCUGCUUCUCUCCUCCGGCCCCUCAUCGACCCUCUACCUCCACCACAUUGUCGCCUCUCCUCCCGCGCCCGAAGCCAAUCCUCUCCUCACCUCUCUGCACAUCCGCAAGACUCCUCUCACAACAACCACCUUCCACCCCAACGACCCUCGCAUCUUCCUCUCUGCCCGUCGUCGCUACUUCCACGUCUGGAACCUCGAAACCGGCAAAGUGGAGAAGAUUGCCCGUGUCUAUGGCCACCAGCACGAACAACGCAGUAUGGAGCGCUUCAAGCUCUCUCCCGAUGGUCGCAGCAUGGCUCUUAUCGGUAGCGCUCGCAAGGGUGGCGGUGUGAUCAACAUCCUCGACGCACACACAUUGCAAUGGGCCAGCCAGGUGCGUGUGGAAAGCAACAAUGGUAUCGCAGACUUCGCUUGGUGGCGCGACAGCCGUGGUAUGAGCAUCGCAGGCAAGAACGGCGAAGUUACCGAAUGGAACAUGGACGAGCAGCGUGCCAUAGCCCGCUGGCAAGACGAAGGCGCCGUUGGCACCACCACCAUCACUCUGGGCGGUGAUAAUGGCAAUGCCGGCUCACCUAUUGGCAAAGACCGCUGGGUUGCUGUCGGCAGCUCGAGUGGUGUUGUAAACAUCUACGAUCGCCGCGCCUGGCUCAUUGCAUCUGCAUCCUCUACAGACGCCCUCGCCUCUCCUAUCCCUUCUGCACCUAAACCCACUCGCGCUCUCGACAACCUCACCACACCAAUCUCUCACCUUACUUUCUCGCCUGAUGGACAGAUGCUCGUCAUGGCUUCGAGAUGGAAGAAGGAUGCUUUGAGAAUUGUGCAUCUCCCUACAUGCACGGUGUUUAAGAAUUGGCCUACUAGCAAUACGCCGUUGGGCAGGAUUACGGGUGUUGCAUUUGCGCCUGGUAGUGAUGGGUUGGCUGUUGCUAAUGAGCAGGGUAAGAUUAGGUGUUGGGAAGUUAGAGCUUGA